AUGUUCAGAGUUUUCAUUGGAGGGUGCCGUAGGGAAUGUGGUCCAGUGGAUCGGUCAAAAAGCCUGGUGAUAACAACAACAAUAAAAUUUACUACUGUGGUGAUACAAUUCACUCGAUUGCUUACGAUUAUUCUUUAACGAUGGAUAAGGGUUUUAAUGGCGGCAACAAACUUUUUGAAAGAGUAAAAAUGGCGGCAUAGUCACCGACUUCUUCUUUCCCCCAUCUUCGACUAAACAUGAUAGCACAUUUCUCUCUCUGCAAACCAUUUUCAUUUCUAGUCUCUGCAAAACCCUUAUUGUAAUAACACAGAUCAGAAUCCCCCCAGUAAUUAUAGCCAUGACUGCAGAUCAAGAGAACUGCGUGCUUGCCGCGCGUUCGUCAUCCAAGAAGCGAGCCUCGGUUGCUCCGUCUCCGGAACUCCCCAGACUGAAGAAGCGAGUCGUGCUGGGUGAACUCACUAAUUCGUCAGGUCUCGGGAUGAGUCAGAAUUCACCGAUACCUAAACGUAAAUUAGAGGGGGAGAACUUGGAGUUUGAGAGUGAGACUCGAAAGCGAAAGGAUAGAUCGAGGAAAGAGAGGAAGCAGGAUCUGCCUCAGGAGAUCAAUACGAGGUCGGGUGAAUUACAGAAGCCUGCAAACUCUUCCAUGUAUGAAUAUCUCCACUCUCUGGAGGUACGUAUAUUUACUUUUUCCUUUGUUGCCUCAAUUUUCCCUCGUCAGUCAUUUGCUAUGAAUUUUGAUUUUAGAAGACGAAGAGCUUUCAUUUAUGUGCUAAAGUCAGUCAUUACCCGGUUUUCAUGCUGGAAUCACCUUCUUUUCUACUUUUGUGGGUUAAUUCUUAUUUUAGUAGCAGUUGAAAAUUCAUUCUUGAAGGAAUUCAAGCUGGAUGUGAAGCUGGUGAAUAUGGAGAAAGAUGUACUUAAAUUCUUGAAUUUUGAAAUUGGUACUCCCACAACCAAAAACUUUCUCAGGAUAUUAACAAAAGCUGCUCAUGAGAACUACAAAUCUCCAAACUUACAAUUAGAGUUCCUGUGCUGUUAUCUUGCGGAGCUAAGCUUGUUAGAUUACAGAUGUCUCCGUUUUUUACCUUCCUUGCUUUCUGCAUCUGUUAUAUUUCUUUCAAGAUUCACAAUCCAACCGGUGAAGCAUCCUUGGAGCAUGGAAUUGCAAUGUAUUUCAGGUUAUACACCAUCUGACCUGAAGGAAUGUGUUCUUGCUAUUUAUCAAUUGCAACUGAAAAGCAGAGGAAGUUCCUCCUACGCAGUAAAAGAUAAAUACAUGAAGCACAAGUUCAAGUGUGUAGCGACGCUGUCUCUUCCCAGCGAAAUUCCUGCAUGCUACUUCGAAGCCAUUGACGAAUGAUAAUCCCAGCUCAUUCGCAGAUAAACUGUUCAGACGAGUACGAUAGACUACCUUGCCUCAUGAUUUGCUUGCAGAUGUAGUAGCCAUUGAUGACUGAUAAAACCAGACUCCAAGCUCCUGGUUUAGUUAAUAAGAAGGAAUUGAUACUUUCAGAUACCAAGUAAAUUUGUAAAUGUUAAACUGCAACUUUCAAACUCAUAUAUAUGAUUGUAAAUUUUAUCUGGUCAAAAUAAAGAACUUGUACUUUCAAGUCA